CCGGCGCGCUCUGGUUGACCGGGUCGCGCGUUCGGCAUGGCCGCGGCAGGCGACUGCGGCGGGCCCGACGGCUACCGUUCCCCGCUCGCCUCCCGCUAUGCCAGCCCGGAGAUGUGCUUCGUGUUUAGUGACAGGUACAAGUUCCGGACGUGGCGGCAGCUCUGGCUGUGGCUGGCGGAGGCAGAGCAGGCGUUGGGUUUGCCCAUCACAGAUGAACAAAUCCAAGAGAUGAAGUCCAGCCUGGACAACAUAGACUUCAAGAUGGCAGCUGAGGAAGAGAAGCGGCUGCGGCACGACGUCAUGGCUCACGUGCACACGUUCGGCCACUGCUGUCCCAAGGCUGCGCCCAUCAUUCACCUUGGCGCCACCUCCUGCUACGUGGGAGACAACACAGACCUGAUUAUCCUUAGACAUGCAUUUGAUCUGCUUCUGCCAAAGCUUGCCAGAGUGAUCUCUCGGCUUGCCGACUUCGCUAAGGAACGAGCUGAUCUACCCACCUUAGGCUUCACACAUUUCCAGCCUGCUCAGCUGACCACAGUUGGAAAACGCUGCUGUCUUUGGAUUCAAGAUCUCUGCAUGGAUCUCCAGAAUUUGAAGCGUGUCCAAGAUGGCCUGCGCUUCCGAGGUGUGAAGGGCACGACGGGCACCCAGGCCAGCUUCCUGCAGCUCUUCGAGGGAGAUCACCAUAAGGUGGAGCAGCUUGACAAGAUGGUGACAGAAAAGGCGGGAUUUAAGAGGGCGUUCAUCAUCACGGGUCAGACCUACACACGAAAAGUGGACAUUGAGGUGCUCUCUGUGCUGGCUAGCUUGGGGGCGUCAGUGCACAAGAUUUGCACCGACAUACGCCUCCUGGCCAACCUCAAGGAGAUGGAGGAGCCCUUUGAGAAACAGCAGAUUGGCUCCAGCGCGAUGCCAUACAAGAGGAACCCCAUGCGCUCAGAGCGUUGCUGCAGCCUUGCCCGGCACCUGAUGACCCUGCUCAUGGACCCGCUGCAGACCGCAUCCGUGCAGUGGUUUGAACGCACCCUGGAUGACAGUGCCAACCGACGCAUCUGUUUGGCCGAGGCCUUUCUCACGGCAGAUACUCUGUUGAUCACGCUGCAGAACAUUUCUGAAGGUUUGGUGGUGUACCCCAAAGUGAUCGCACGGCGCAUUCGACAAGAGCUGCCUUUCAUGGCCACAGAGAACAUCAUCAUGGCCAUGGUCAAAGCCGGGGGCAGCCGCCAGGACUGCCACGAGAAAAUCAGGGUGCUCUCCCAGCAGGCGGCCGCGGUGGUCAAGCAGGAAGGGGGCGAUAACGACCUCAUAGAGCGGAUCCGGGCCGACGCCUACUUCAGCCCCAUCCAUUCCCAGCUGGAGCAUUUGCUGGAUCCUUCUUCCUUCACUGGGCGUGCGUCCCAGCAGGUACAGAGGUUCUUAGAAGAGGAGGUGCAGCCCCUGUUAAAGCCAUAUGCAAGUGUGAUGAAGGGGAAAGCAGAACUGAGCCUGUAGGGCUGAGAGAAGUCGUUGCUGGUUUGAGAACUCCAGUCCCGGGACAUGAACACGGUGUCUGUAGUGCCUUGUUUCACUUCAAGAAUCAGUUCCUGAAGUUAAUCCAGGGUUAUGUCCAGAACAGUGCUGUGGCCGAAUCUCUUCUUUACAGCAACACCAACUUGCAUAAUGAAGGCUCUAAACACCGAUGGGCUGUAGUUGGGCAGUCACCUAACAGAGCCUGUGCUGUAAUGGAGUGUUCAGGGGCCGCCACCUGCACUGGGUGCUGGCUCAAGUACCGGCUGCUCCACUGCUUAUCCAGCUCCCUGCUCAUGGCCUGGGAAAAGCAGCAGCAGAUGGCCCAAGUGUUUGGGUUCCUGCACCCACAGGAGACCCAGAAGCUCAUGGCUCCUGGCUUCAGCCUGGCCCAGCCCCAGCUGAUACAGCCAUUUGGGGAGUGAACCAGCAGAUGGAUGACUUUUCUCUCACUCUCUAACUCUGCCUUUCAAAUAAAAUAAACCUUGAAAAUGUGUGUGUGUUUAAGUGUCUAGUAGUUCAUGUAGUGCAUUAAAUCCUGAUCUAAAAGUGAAAAACAGAAUGGUUACUUGAGCGCACUCACACCGCUGUGAAGUUGAGAAACCUUAAUUUGAACCAGUUUAAGUUGGGGACUGUCCAUAAUUUUUUUUUUUUUUUUUUUGACAGGCAGGGUGGAUAGAGAGACAGAGAGAAAGGUCUUCCUUUCCGUUGGUUCACCCCCCAGUGGCCGCUGCAGCCAGCACACCGCGCUGAUCCAAAGGCAGGAGCCAGGUGCCUCUCCUGGUCUCCCAUGGGGUGCAGGGCCCAAGCACUUGGGCCAUCCUCCACUGUACUCCCGGGCCACAGCAGAGAGCUGGCCUGGAAGAGGGGCAACCAGGACAGAUUCCGGCGCCCCGACCAGGACUAGAACCCGGUGUGCCGGCGCCGCAGGCGGAGGAUUAGCCUAGUGAGCUGCAGCCCCGGCCCUUUUUUUUUUUUUUUAAGAUUUAUUUGAAAAAGUUAAAAAAGAGAGGUAGAGACAAGAGAGAAUCCUCUGGUUUACUCCCCAAGUGGCCCUAGUGGCUGGAGCUGAGCUGAGCCAAUCUGAAGCCAGGAGCCAAGAGCUUCUUCUGGGUCUCCCAUGUAAGUGCGGGGACCCAAGGACUUGAACUAUCCUCUCUGCUGCCUUCCCAGGCAUGCUAGCAGGGAGCUGGAUUGGAAGCGGAGCAACCAGGACUCGAACCGGUGCCCAUAUGGUAUGCCGGCACUGCAGGCCAGGGCUUUAACCCACUGUGCCACAGAGUGGCCUCCAUGAUCCUUUAAUGUGUUCAAUUUUUUAUUUAUUUAUUUUUUUUUAGACAUUUGUUUAUUUGAAAGAGGUACAGUGGGAGAGGGAAAGACAGGAGAGAUCUUCCAUACAUUGGUUCACUCCCCAGAUGGCCACAACAGUGAGGAAGGAGCCCGGAGCUUCUUCCAGGUCUUGCAUGCGGAUGCAGGGGUCCAAAUACUUGGGCCAUCUUUCACUGCUUUCCCCAGGCCAUGACCAGGGAGCUGGAUCAGAAGUGGACACGGCUCAGGGCUGGCGCAGUGGCACGGUAGGUUAAUCUGCUUGCAGCGCUGGCAUCCCAUAUGGAGACCUGUUCUGGUCCUGGCUGCUCCUCUUCUGAGGAGCCACAGCCUCUCUGCUGUGGCCUGGGAAAGCAGUAGAAGAUGACCCCAAGUCCUUGGGCCCCUGCACCCACAUGGGAGACCCGGAAGAAGCUCCUGGUUUUGGAUUGGCCCAGUUCCAGCUGUUGCUGCCAUUUGGGUAGUAAACCAGUGGAUGGAAGCCUUUCUGUGUCUCCCUCUCACUGUAACUACCUGUCAAAGUAAAAUAAAAUAAAGGAAAUGAGGCAGCUGGGACUUGAACUGCGUGUAUACAGGAUGCUGGCAUCACAGUGCCAGCCUCGUCACAUGUUCUGUUGUGAAUUCCUGGUUCUGUCAUGAUAAUAAAUUGGAUUUACGUCUAA